AUGGCACAGCCUGGGCCGGAGGCCCCCUACCCCUCUCAAUGUGGCCGCAAGAUUCGGCCUGGUAAUACCCACUGGGACUCCUAUGCUACCACGAUGAAGACUGCAUUCACGCCUAAGACAGGAGCAAUACCUGCUUUAAUUUGUCAAAAAAGCAUCCGAAGAUUAGGAUAUACAUAUUCACUUAGUGAUUCUCUUCACAAUCGGACACAAUACAAUGAUGAGUACAUUUGGAAGUUACGUUCUAAAGAAGAUUUUAUCAAAGCUAGGACUCCAAGAGAGAUUGGGAGUCACAAUUCUCACUCCAGUCAAGACUUCUUUCACUGGACACUACCUCCAGUUCACUCAACAUCAGUGAAGAGGUACUUCCCUUGGAAAAUCGCUGCUUCGAUGGACAAGGUCAGGAACGCUGUAUCUAAUCAGUUUAUUUCCCAUACUAGGCGAGACUUUGUGGACAGAGCCGAAGCUCAGAAGAUUAAGCAAAGUUCUCAGAUGUUUCUGGAACGGAAAAAGUUACUUUCCCACCCCACAGACACCGAAUUUCGACGCAAUUACCAAGUUCCAGCUAAAAUUCCUGAGUUUCAGGAUUUUAGUUUCAAAUAUGGAUGCAACUCACGCCCACCAAUCGCUUCUCAGGGUCUAGUCCCUUCCGUACUAUGCAGCCACAUGAAGAAUCAGGACCGCACCAAGAAGCAGACCAUAUACCAGAGUGACUACGGGAAAGCCUACCUGGAUUUCUUAAUGAUCUUGAACUCAUUUACUCCCUCUCAAGUAACCGAGUACCUGCAAAGUGUUUCCUGCAAAGACAGAAAAAUUCUUGAUCGCUUUAUUCGCUCUUACUAUGACAUUGACAAAGGGAUGAAUGAAAAAGGAAAACAGUCCAAGUGAAGAAAAUCUGAAAAUCAAUGAAAGGGCCUAUGGGGCCAUUUUAUAAAAAUAU